CUUCCUGGCGGCGGGAGCGGGGCGAUGGCGGCGCAGGACGUGCUGGGCCAGACCGCCCGGCUGGCCUCGUCCAGCGCCCUGCUGCAGGUGCUGUUCCGAGUGGUCACCUUCGGGCUGAACGCCUUCACCCUGCGCUACCUCUCCCGGGAGCUCAUCGGCGUGGUCAAUGUCAGGCUGACUCUGCUGUACUCAACAGUCGUCUUCCUUGCCAGGGAGGCAUUUCGCAGAGCUUGUUUGAGUGGAAGUGCCAAGAGAAACUGGACCAAGACAAUUAAUCUCUUGUGGCUGACGGUCCCUCUUGGUGUCUUUUGGUCUCUCAUCUUGGGCUUAGUCUGGCUACACUUGCUUGAAGUACCAGACCCUUCUGUGGUUCCUCACUAUCAGGCUGGUGUAGUGGCAUUUGGUCUUUCUGCCAUUAUUGAACUCCUGGGAGAGCCGUUCUGGGUUUUAGCACAAGCUCAUUUGUUUGUGAGACUUAAGGUAAUUGCUGAAAGCCUUUCAGUAGUGUCAAAAUGCAUUUUGAUGGUUACUUUAGUAAUCCUUUAUCCUCACUGGGGCCUUUACAUUUUUUGCUUGGCUCAGCUUUUAUAUGUCAGUGUUCUGGUAAUGUGCUAUGUAAUUUAUUUUGUGAUGUUUUUGGGAUCUCCUGAAGCCACAAAGAAGUCAUUUCCAGUUGCUAGAGUGAAAGCUCUAUUACCUAGCUUCGUGGAAGAUGAAACCUUUGUUAACUGGAGGGAAGCACGCUUGACUUGGAGUUUCUUCAAGCAGUCCUUCUUGAAGCAGAUUUUGACAGAGGGUGAACGAUAUGUGAUGACGUUUUUGAACGUGUUAAAUUUUGGAGAUCAGGGUGUAUAUGAUAUUGUGAAUAACCUCGGUUCACUGGUGGCCAGGUUUAUCUUUUUGCCUAUUGAGGAGAGCUUUUAUGUAUUUUUUGCUAAGGUGUUGGAAAGAGGGAAGCCUGUAAAGGAUCAGAAGCAGGAUGAUGUUGCUAUGGCUGCAAAUGUAUUGGAAUUGCUGCUGAAACUUGUGCUCCUGAUUGGCCUCACCAUCACCGUUUUUGGCUAUGCCUAUUCUCAGCUGGCUCUGGAUAUUUAUGGAGGCUCAAUGCUCAGUUCUGGAACAGGUCCAGAUCUCCUCCGGUGUUACUCAUUGUAUGUCCUGUUUCUUGCUGUCAAUGGAGUAACAGAAUGUUUUACAUCUGCCUUAAUGUGCAAAGAAGAAGUGGACAGGUACAAUUUUGUUAUGCUGGCCUUGUCUUUCAUAUUUCUGUGCAUCUCUUAUUUCCUGACCCACCGGUAUGGCAGUGUGGGCUUUAUCCUUGCCAACUGCUUCAACAUGGGCAUCAGAAUCACUCACAGCACCCACUACAUCCAUCACUUCUUCAGAGAAAGCACCCACAGACCUCUCAGGGGCCUCCUGCCCUCACCUGCUCUGCUGCUGGUUUACAUCCUCAGUGCAGCAGUCACGACUUUCUCAGAGGUGUUGUUCUGCUGUGACAAGGGCUGGAUGGCCAGGCUGAUCCACAUCAGCACGGGUGCCCUGUGCCUUGCAGCAACCCUUGUUACAAUGUUCUACUCAGAGACCAAGCUCAUCCACUUUGUCAGGAGCCAGUUCCUCUCCCGCUAUUUGAAGAAAGGAACAUGAGCUGCUCCUGUGCAGAACAGUUCUUGUACAUGUUUGCAGUAAAGGGCUGUGUUUUUUCCAUAAGAUCUCUAUGGGAAAAAGGUUUCCACGUGUGUUUGGAAGCAUUGAUAAGGGAGUGGCAAUGUUCACAGUUGCCACAUGAAUAUUAUUUUGUCUUCUGAACUGGUCCGUACAGCAAAAGAGAGGUGAAUGAUUUUCUCUUUGUGCACCAUUCCUUUCUAAGCUUUUCUUCAAACAGCCUCUGGAGAUCUAAGCUGCACCCCCUGGCAUAACCUGGUUGACAGACUGCAUGUAGAGAGCUCCCCUUCCUGCCUCUGGACAGUGUGGGAAGGCCUGACGUGGUUUAGAAGGCUUUUAUUUGGCAUGGGUGCUGCUUAACUGGGGAGAAAAUGGUCAGGGAAAAAACUCAAAAUCAACCACAACAAUAAAUGCCACAAAAAUACCCAAAACAGAGCAAUCCCAGAGCAAGGACCAACACCAGCGUGAGUGUUGUGAAGCAGAACACAGUGUGGUGCAGAGGGAUUGAGCUGUCACUGCUUGAAGUGCAAAGUGGGGAACAGAAAAUCCUGACGUUUACAAGUAAAUUAAUGGAACGCACAGCGUGUGUCCCUGCUGGCUCUCUGAGAUUAUUUCAUUCAGCAGAUCCUUCAUGUCUGAGGGCAUUGAUUAACUUGUCAGAAAUACUCUGAAGCCUUAGCUGGAAGAGGUUUUGGGCAUUGUCUGCAGAAGGUGUUGAGUCCAAUCACUGAUGGUGCAUUUCAUAAGGUUACUCAUAAAAUUUCUUACUUUCAUUCCAUUGUUUUUUUGGUUUGUCUGAGAUUUUAAAGGGCAGCAUGAACAAACUUGUCUCAAUAAAAAUUAUUUUGUCUGUGCAAUCGAAUGUUAAAUAUAUUUAAUAAGAUUUUUUACAAGGAAUUAUGCAUAUUGAAGAUUUCUUUAUUGGAUAGUAAUUACUUCCUUUUGUUCCAGUGUUUUCCUUAUAUCUUGUUUCUUGUUCACUCUCAGCCUCUGGAUUGGCUUUUUUGUGAAUUGUUGAAAAUUUGGACACUGAGAGGUUCUAAAAUUAUGUGUGAUGCUGCUGGUUUGGGUGUACUAAUGGUGUAUUGUUUUGCUGGUCUAAGAUCUGAACUAGGCAGUUUCAGAAUGUGCAAGUGGCAGGUUUAUAAUAAUCAGUGUUCCCUUUUCAGUGUUUGGAUGGACCAAAAAAUGUCAAGGGAUGAAAAAUGUGUGCUCAGAUGUGUGCAGUUGAAAGCUUUGAGUUUAAUUAUAUAGGAAUCCUGCAGAUCCUCUGACUGCUUUAAAAAAAAAAAAAAAAAAUCACUGCAGUGGCAUUGUGGUGUUCAUUCUGGUGACCUCAGUGCCCAGGCUGAUGUGCUUUCUAGUGUCAGGGCCUUCAGCUUGUAGUUAGAAUUAUUUUCUAAACUCUGGUAAUUCCACUUGGAAGACAUUACCAGAGGUACUUUAUAUGAGAAUUUUGUGAUGGAAAAGUUAUCACAGAGCAGUCAAAACGUGACAGUGAAGGGAAAGGAGUGGCCUUGCACUGCCAAGGGCAGUUGUCUCCAUUGCCUGGCUGGAAGUAGAUACAGACUUGCUGAUUCUUCUUAGGCUGUUUUGAAAUCUGUCAAAACCAACUCUACAAUACUUUGUCCUCUUAAUUCAGAAUUCAGUUCUUUUCCUUUUAAUUUUUUCUCUUCUAAGGGGUCCUACAGCUUUUUCUCUUUUCUGUCAGGUGUGGAGUUAGUUAUGAAGUACAGCUUCAAAUAUUGCAGAGGAUUGAAACUUCUUUAUUAUAAAUGGUCAAUGCCUACAACAGUUGCUUGUCCUUUACUUGUUUGUAGCACAAAAAAUCAAGAUAACUGAACCUAUGGACUGUGUUUUAAGGUCUGUCUUUUUCUGUGUGUCUUUGGGAUUCUACUGUGGCACUAUCUCAGUCUGUACAGGGAAUUUUUAUAACUCCUUAGGAUGAGAAAUUUUGUACAGCCCUGUACCUAAAGUGCUUUGGAGAUGGAAGAACUUCUCAUACCAAAUUGAAGCUUGAAGUCAUUGUGCCUUGUCUGCUCUUACAGCCCCAGCUGUACCCUGGUACCACUUCUGCUACUUGUAAUCUCAAAAGUAGGGUGAUGUGGGAUCUCCUUCAAACAGUGACCUGUGUCGCCUCAUAAAUAUUAUUUAAUAUAAAUGCAGUGAAUUCAUUUAAAGACACAUUACAUUUUUGCACCAAUUUGUGUUAUUCCAUAUUGGAAAUGUGCUUUGUCAUAUUUCAUACUGACAAAUCUCACGUCUCAAAUGCAACUUUAUAUGACUCAGGAAGACAUUUAAGGUGAUAAUGGUUGCUCAUUAGCAAAUUGAGUAUACACUCCUUGUUUAAACAUUAUCUGUAAGCAGCUCAGUGAUGGCUGACUGGUGUUUGUGAUGUCUUAUUUUUAAUAUUUUUAGUGGCAGGAAACUGCAAGGAGAGACAGGAAGCAGAGACCAGUGAAACUGUCUGCUGCUUUCUUAUUUAUCAGUGGGAUCCUUAAUGUCAGAGCUGUUAAUUGCUUUAUUGCUAAAGCAGCAAACUCUCAAACUCGUGGACAGUUGAGAUUGAACUUGACCGUGUUUCCCUUUUAACCCUGUUCAUCUGUUAAAGGCACAACUGUCUGAAGUGUCAUGAAGCUCUUUUAUGGUGUUCUGAAAUCUUUUUGUUUCAGCCAAAGGGGAAUGAGACAUUUUCUUUGGUGGAAAAGGUUAUGAUUUCAUGCUUUGUGGUGCAUUUUUCUUAUUUGUUGGAUGAAUGAUUUUCAAGGUAACACUAAAUAAAGCUGAUUUCCUUUA